AUGUUGGACGAUUUCGCCCCUCCCGUCAAGGGCAUUAUAAAGGCUUUGGAUGCGGGGAUCAAGUUGACGAAGAGGGUUUCGAGAUCUGCGAGCCAUGGCCCGGAGAACUAUUUAUAUAUAUCGGAAUUGGCAGAAGAAUUGCAGAGGAAUAUGGAGAAGAGUAGGCAGGCUAUUGCUGAUGCUUAUAGAGAUGCUGUUGGAUCAUGUGGAGAAGAUUUUGCUAAGGCUUUGAUGGAGGAUGAAUCUAUCCAAAAUCGAUUGAAGGAGGUUAGAAUUGAUCUAAGGGAUCAAAUUGAUGAAUGUCAAGAUUUCGAUGAGAAUCUUGGAUCCUUUCAACCAUCAGCUUUCACAACUGUUAGACAUCAAUCGAAAAGAUGUCGGACGGAAUGUACUUUUAUAUUCAACAAUCUUCGGGAUCGGAUAGAUCAGACGGAUCGUCAUGAUUUUCGGAUGGAGGAUAAAUCUCCCCCCUUGAGUCCGGUACAUAUUCCGAUCAUGGAACAAAUACCUCGACGAAAACCGAUACCAGGUCCUUCAAAUUCUACUACUCCACCCUCUCUAGGAUUACCUUUUCAGUUCAAUAGACAAAUUAUCGAAAAUAAAGUCCUGGCAUCCGAAGCUCCUAAGAGGUCUCCCAAAAAAGAUAAUCCAUGGACCUUGAGUGGACCAUAUUUUGAUGUAGGACCAAACACCCCUCCCCGUGGUCUAUCUCCCGAACCAAGUUAUCAGGAAUCAUUACAACCUACACCUCCCUCUAAAUAUGGAUAUGAAUCGCCACCUACAAAGCAAAUACUAAUAGCUAAAGAGCUCGUAUAUCAACGGCUAAAUGCAAAUGAGGAAUUCCUGGAACGAAGACGACAAUCUCGUAUGUCGUUCCAUGACGAACUACGAAAGUCAGUCUUUUCGAUCGAAGAGAACAGGGCAAGUGAAAGUUUCAGUGAUGGAUCAAUGCUCACAUCUCCUUGGUCCUCAUAUUCAUCAACUAGUAGUCCAAUAGAGAGGCAUAGUUCCCGAGGGAGUGGAUAUGAUGAUUUGAUAGGGCGGAAAAGAAGUCAAGGUCAGACAUCUCAAGGGGGGAGUUCAAGGAAUGGUUCAUUACGGGAUCGUGAUGCUACACCCGCAUCUUCAAGUACGACUAAGCCGGAAAAUGAAGUUUUCUCUCCUGCAUCCUUGAAGCCCCCGACGCCGAUCUCAGCGACACCAAUGAGUCCAGGCAUUAGCGAAUAUCAACCUUCGGAAUCGGGAACGUCGAUGUGGAUGAAAAGUCCAGUUAGUCCACCUAUGUCUGACAUACACGAACAAAGUUCAUGGGAUAGGCUUGCAUCUACAACCGCUACCCCAAUCGUGACUACGCCUUUAGCUGCCACAUUACAAGUGCCUAUUUUUGGAACUGGAGUUGAAGAAGGAUUAGAAGCUGUUCCCGUUAUUGAAAGCGGUUUAGAGGUUGCUUCGAGUCAGGAUCCAGAACCAGUACCAAUACAGGCUCCAAAUCCUAUCGUGGAAAAUCGAAGUCAAAGUCAACUAGCAAUGCAUAGAGCAACUCCUUCAAUGAAAAGUAUAGAUUGUCCUAUGAGACAUGAUAGUUCAUUUUAUAAAUUCGAUGGAUUUUGUCCGGGGGCUAAGGCGAUGAUUAGAGGUGAAACAGGAUUUAAAGUUGUCAAGAGACCUUCGGGUCAUUAUAGUGCCACCCUGAGUGCGAGAUGUAUCAAGUGUGCGUAUGAAGUGGGAUGGAAUGAUGUGGAGAAGGAUAGAUUGCUUGAUCGUUCUGGUAUUUAUUCUAACACUGGUAUUCGAUGGCGUCAACGAUUUAUUUCCAAAUGUCAUCUCAAGACAACUUCAAUAGAUGAUGCUAUUUACGGUUGCAUAUUCUGCAUCGAAGAUCACCGCACAGUCGAAGACCACGACGCAACCAUCUUUUUCAGCGUAACAUCUCUCUUCCGUCACCUAGCCCGUCACCCCCGUCCCCUUCCCCAAGUAACAGGCAUCACAACCGUCUAUGGGAUACAACCUCCCUCGGUCCUCGAUUUCGAUAUCCAAUUCACCAUCCACGAACCCAAACUCUCUACCUAUUGCAUGUCUGAGAUCGCCUCCAAAGUAGCCUCUCGCCCUUCCGCUCACGCAACCAUAACCCAUCACCCCAAACCUACCGCUAAAACCUUUCGUGAUCCUGACGGUCAGCCAACUAUGCAUUUUGCAGACGGUGCGAAAAUUGUCGGGAUAACGUUCCCAGAACGCUUUAGUGGUAAUUGGUGCAUAGGGUAUCAUGACGGUGAACGCGGAUCGUUCCCCGCAAACACCAUUUCACUUCUCUCACCCCCGCGGGACGAGGUGAAAAUGAACCCACAAAGUUCCCUCCAAGCAGUUGCGAAAUGGGAUUGGAAACCUAAAGAUAAAGAAGAAGGGUGGCUUAAAUUUUCGAGGGGGGAAAGGAUUUAUAAUGUAGGAUAUGCAUGGCAGGAUCAAUGGUGUUGGAGCGGUUGUACCGCAAAAGGAAAAUGGGGUCUCUUCCCCAGUAGUUUCGUCGAAGAUCUCAUGAGUACAGACUCCUCAUCCGGAAACGCAAAAGCGAGUAAAAUCCUCGGUACAGAUAUAGAAAAGAAAGAAAGAGGAGGAUUAGGAGCAGCAUUUGGAUUUUCGGGGAGCAAAGGCAGGAUGGUUAGUUUUCCAUUGAGUAGGAAUAGGAGUUCGAGGGGUCCGCAAAGUCCAGUGCAGAAAGAGGGGGAUAGGGAAAGAAGUGGGAGUUCUCUGAGUGGCUUUAUGGGUUAUGGUGGGCAUAGGAGGACGGCGAGCGUUAGGAGUAAUGGGAGUGAGGCGAGUUCGCCGAGUAGUCCGUUGGCGGGUGUGCAGCCGGGUUUGGAGGUGGCAGGGGGUGAGGGGAGUCUGGGUUUAGGGGGGAAUGGAAAUGGUGGGAGGGAUAGUGGGAUGGGAAAUGCGAGUGGUAGUGGGAGUGGGAAUAGGAAUAGAGGGGGUAGUGGGAGUGGAGGCGCGGCGGGAAGUAGUUGGUUGAGGAGCCCAUCCUAUACAUACCCAUGGAUUAGCACGGAAAUAGGAUAUUGGAUUAUCGGAUUAUUGGUUAUUGGUUAUAGUUUAUUGGACGGAACAUUGGGUAUGGAUGGAUGCGCGGGUGAAAGGAAGGAUUGGUUUGGUAUGGUCUGGUCUGGUUUGGUCUGGUCUGGAUUGGAUUUGGAUUUGGAUUGGGGUUGA